UAGAGAUAGGUUUGAGUUUGGUAAGGUGGAAAGAUGGCGCAGUGGUUAUGCACCGUCUGUCUUCGAGUUUUUUGAAGGGCAGCAGUUCGAUUCAUGCUCGUGUAAUUUCCUUAUUUGGGCUCUAUGGCACGUGCAUUGAUGGCCACGGCACGUGGGGCGGCUAUGGCUACAGCCAUACGUUAUCAUGGUAUUUCUAUGGCUAGAGCCAUGGUUCAUUAUCGUAAAUCCUAGUGCUAUGGCUCAGGAUGGGCGAAAAUC